UUAACAAUUUCAGAGUAAAUUAGCGUCAUUUGCAGCUGACGCUUCAUGUGGCAUGGACGCUUUUCCAAUCACGUGCUGUGUCCCUGCCGUUUCCUGUCCUGUGCCGAUGUUUCCUCGAGAAUCCUUCUGAUAAUACAGUGGAUCAAGUGUCUAUUUGUGUGAAGACCGUGUCUGUAACCGUGUGGAGGGCGUGAAAGUUAGCCUAGUAAAACCAGCUUCAAGCUCUGCAGGCAGCGUCUUGAAGCGAGGGCAGAGAUCUAUAGGGAAAAGUGAAAACACAAGUAAAUGUUAAAAUUGUGGAAUUUUCCCUGGAUCUAGCUGUUGUUGCUGUCCUUCCAAAGGUGGUCCACGGAUGUGUUGAAGCGAAAGUGUGCGCCUGUGUAUGAAGCAUCCCUGCUUCCGGUAUCGCAUUUCUCCUUCUUUCGUUCUAUCGUGGGUGUUACUGAUCGGGAGGAUUGGCGGUGGAGUGCGGAAGUAGAAGAAAACCGAGCGGAAGUGAACAUCCCGCCCCCUCCUAGAAAUCCACAGAAGUCGUGAAGGUCGUCGAAUUGUGGUUCCCAGUUGCUGGUAUCGUAAAACUAGAACAGCCGAGUUCGUGUUGGCCGAUGAAGUGUUUGCAGUAAAAUAAAGAGCAUCUUAAACAGAAAUCUCGAUCUGAGCGGUCCAUCCGUCUUUUCACCAGAGCUGUGUUGUCUAGAGUCUCAAGUAAUUGUAGUAUUACCCUUUAAAAAUGGUGCAAAAGUAUGAAUCUCCUGUAAGGAUUUACAAAUAUCCGUUCGAGCUGGUAGUCGCGGCAUACGAACGCCGGUUCCCUACCUGUCCCCAGAUGCCCAUCGUACUCGACUGCGAGAUCAUCGAGGACAAGCUGUACGAGAAUGGGGCCCGUCGAGACACGAAGCGGCGCUGCAAAAUCGCGGUCGAAGCACCGUACCUGAUCAAAAAGAUCAUCGGCGUAGAUGUGGUGUUCUUCAUCCAGAAGAACUUCCUCGACAUGAAGACGCGCACGCUCAGCAUCGAAGCAACCAACGAGUCCUUUGCGACGCGCGUGGAAAUCUUCGAAAAGUGCCGAUACUAUGCGCACCCGGAAAACCCGGACUGGACGUGCUUCGACCAAACGGCCACACUGGACAUUAAGAACUUUUUCGGCAUCGAGCACUCGAUGGAAAAGAUGGGCAUGAAGCAGUACACGCAGACGACGCUCAAGGGCAAGGAAAUCAUUGAGUAUUUUGUGAAUGAACUGAAGCAGGAAGGCGUGACGCACGUGGAACGGUGGGUCGACGAUGGUAGUGCAUGCGAAAGCCAAACUACCCACGUCCAAUCCAGCGGACACAGUACGGCCACAUCCGAAAAGCCGCCGCUGCUGCGUGAUAACUCGAUCCUCGAUGCGGACUACAUCGCCAAGUAUCUCGGACAGCUAACACCACUGCAGGAAUCGAAGCUGGUACAGUUCCGCAAGCGUUUCGAGGAUACACCCGACCAACCGGAACCAGACUAUCAGACGUUGCUGCGGUUUCUUCGAGCACGGGACUUUAGCAUCGACAAGGCGACGGUAAUGCUGCAGGAGUCGCUCCAGUGGCGCAAGGAGCACCGGAUCGAUGACAUUCUCGGCGAAUACAAAAUGCCCGCGGUCGUGGAGAAGUACUUCCCGGGCGGAUGGCAUCAUCACGAUCGUGAUGGACGGCCACUUUACAUACUGCGGCUCGGCACGAUGGACGUAAAGGGAUUGCUGAAAUCGGUCGGCGAAGAUGAACUGCUCAAGCUGACACUGCACAUAUGCGAGGAGGGUUUGAAACUCAUGAAGGAAGCGACAAAACGGUUUGACAAACCCGUCUGGAACUGGUGCCUACUGGUUGAUCUGGAUGGACUGUCGAUGCGGCAUCUGUGGCGCCCAGGGGUUAAGGCACUGCUACGCAUCAUCGAAACGGUCGAGAAGAACUACCCGGAAACGAUGGGCCGAGUGUUGAUUGUGCGUGCGCCCCGUGUGUUCCCGGUACUCUGGACAAUCGUCAGUGCAUUUAUUGAUGAGAACACGCGCUCCAAGUUUCUGUUCUUCGGUGGACCCGACUGCAUGCACAUGGAGGACGGUAUCGAGCAGUACGUCCACACGGACAAGAUACCUAGCUUUCUCGGAGGAUCCUGUACGACCUUGAUUCACGAGGGAGGGCUUGUGCCGAAGCAUCUUUACAAAUCGGACUCGAUAGAAGAAAGCAACGGUGGUGCCGUCCAGGCGCACGAUCAUCACGGGUUGUACAAAUCGGUCGAUCUGAAACCAGGCCAGCUGUUCGAGCUGAUCUUUCGCAAUACCGAUCCAAAGAGUGUGCUCACCUGGGACUUUGAGGUGCUGAAGAAUGACACCCUGUUCACCGUGUACCAUUCGAACAAGGAGUUCGAACGCAAUGCCAAUGCUGAUAAUUUCUGCUCCGUGUUCGAUACCUCGGACUUCAAGGAAGGGGUCAAUUACAGUAAGAUAGAACAGAGCGUUAGAUGUCGGCCAAAGGAAGGAGUACAGGGCUCCCAUGAAAUGGCCAGCACCGGCACUUAUGUACUGCAGUGGAUGUGCCCACCGUCCAGCGAUGGGCCAGCUCAAGUGAUGUAUUUCCACGAAACUCUCAGCUCAGCUAACUACAAGGGCUCGAUGACUAGUCUGCAGUCGGGAUUCUCCUCCAACAGUUUAAAAUCUCGAUGAUGAGCAACGCAUGAGACUGAACCUAGCAGAGCAGCAGCCGCAUCAACAACCGUUGCUACUACUGCUGUUGCUAUCCAAUCAACCUCCUCAUCCCGAGUACCGAGUUCAUCGAUUGCUUCGCAUUCAAAAUGAUUCAAUUAUGCUGGACAAUUUAUACGCCGCUGCUGUAUCGAUGUUCGGCGGUACUCGGUUUAACCAAAAGUAAUCAAGAAGCUACAAAACACCUAUGCUAAAGAAUUGACUCGAACGGAAGGAGAAGCAUAAUCAAUUAAGAGGUCGCCAGUGGCCAACGAUAACACAAUCUCUCAUCACGGAACGAUCUCAUAGCUUCACACACACACACAGAAUAUGUGUGUGGUAGCAUUAACCGGACAAGAGUAUGAAAAGAAGAUCGGGAAGAUCGAAUAUCACUUUCCUGCGUUAUUCUCUAGUAAUAGUAUGCUACUUCCCUGCCGUCCCAGCCGUUCGGUGUCCCUAAUGAAGUGGACAAUAAUGAAAAAUGUUUCACAUGAAGGUGCAUCAACGUGCUCUAGAGAACAGGAUGUAUAUAUGGUAGAAUUGAAUGUAUCGUCGCCACGGCCAAGGUAAAAUAAGAGGUAACGCUUUCAUACAAACACAACAACAACAGAUCAAUGCAGCAUAGUAUCUUCAAUAGUAUAACUCUCACACACGUUACUCAACAUGCAAUCGGUAGCGUUUUUAUAAACCACACCAACGCCAAUCCUGCGGAAUGUGCAUCAAAUUCUCUCUUUUGCUAAACCAACAUAUACUACUACACACACCGGUGGGGUACGUAAUUUUAUACAAACUGCAACUACUGUUAGCUCAAAACCGGAGCAGUAUAAGGCUUAGUAAUAUUCUAGAUAAUCUAUAAAAGCAAACGCAAACGCAAUGGCUAUCGGUGGCAGGAACUUUAUCAUUUAGUGUUCUUUGGUAUUGUAUAUAGCUUAAUCUCGAUCGUAUCUCAUCACAUGAAAUAGCGCGAAUCGAUAGUGGAUAGUAGUGCGGGUUCGAGAGACACCUCUCGAUGACGAAACGUGAUAUGUGAGGGGACGUGUGAAAAAGUGUAACUUUUAACAAAUGCUACUCAAUUCAUUUACAAAACAUUAAUUUUAGAAGUAGCAGGUUUUUGAAGCAUAUUAGUAAGCAGACGCUCUUCAGAUCGUUACAGACGUAGAAUAGGUUUCUCUUGAUACAUCUAACUUCAUUUUACUCCGUACAUUUAAAGAAUAUAAUUCUAUCUAUGUCUAUCUGAAUCUUAGGCAGAAAAUUCUGAUAUAUCGUGGCACGUGGCAGCGGAAUAAAUUUUUACUUAAGUUAUAAUAUUCAUCUCAUUUAUCUGCCUAUUAUGAUACCCUGGCUAACAAGACAGAAUGUCGAAGUUGAACAAUCAGCAACAUGAAAACCCAAAUCACACCAUAGUGCAAGAGUAAACCAGAAAUGACACGUAUCGCUAUCAGCUUUGGAAUUCAAUCUUUACACGAUGCGCAGCAGAACACCGUGUUUACGACCCGUGUCCAUUACUGGCAAAAAGAGGCACGAGAGUGAGAGUUGUUAUAGUAGACGUUAAUUCGAUGAGGUGCGAAGAGGUUGCAAAAGGUACAUGUGACACAUUGCAACUCGUUUCUUUAAUUUUGUUCUGGUUUUGAAAAGUAAACUACCGAACGAGCAACUUACGAUAGUAAUCCGUGUGACCUGAGAGAAGGGAGGGGUAGGAAGAAAAAGCAUAAUAGUGAGAUUAGUCGGUUUAGAUGCUUUUGUGUAGCAAUACCGAAAAUGGUAUUGAAAUUUGUUAAAGAUUAGCGAGACGAAGCCGAUUUGUUCACGUUUUAUUAAUGCCACGGUAACAAUCUCUUCACAGCGUGUUUGGGUGAAUGAUUGCGUAUACGCGCGCGUGUGUGUGUGUGUUUGUUUGUGUGAUAGCGGCAUCCAGCGUAUAGUAGAGCGAACCAUAAUCAUACCAACCAUAUAAUCGAAUAUUGCUGGAAGAUGGUCUACUCACAGGAUUUAUGUGGCGGAAUUUAAGGGAAUGUCGUGGAGAUGUAAUUGGAUCCCCUUAUGAAAUACAUAAAUCAUUUUAUGAAAGUAUUGUAUUUGUCGACACUAGAAUAUACGACAGCAAAUAAAGAGAU